CAAGUCCGUGGGCCGGGCCGGGUCUUACCGCAAGUCCAGGGGCCAGGCCGGGCCUUAAUUUGUUUCGUUAGGGUUUUCAUUUGUUUUUGACAUGUUAUAUUUAUUUGGAGUCAAGUAAAUUGUAAUGUUCUCCUCCUUUUUUGACAAAAUCAAAAGCCGGAGAGAUUUCUUCCCGAGGUAGUCUUUGUCUCUUUGAUUACUUUUUGUUGGUUUCAAUUCGUUUUUUGUUUUCCCGAUCCAUUGACGAUAACCCUUGAUCCGUGUCUCCCCUUUGUGUCCUUGAGGUUGAUUCAUUCAUGGCUACCGCUACCGCUACGGCGACGGAGGAGUUGCCUCUGGAAACCCUCUCUCUGGAAGAAAAUCAGCAGCGCAGGCCAAGGAAGGAUUCUGAUUCGCGGAAGAUGGAAGUGCAGGCCUGGAUGCGUGAUGAGAGAGAGUCUUUGCAUCUAGAUGAGUAUAUGUUCACCGACCGUAAUGAGUUGGAUGGUGAGGCCAAGAAGCUUCGCCAGCUUAGAAAUGAGGUGUUGAAGAUGCUGUCUGAAGAAACUGAAGAUAUGGACUCCGAGAGCCGCAAAAGUUAAUCUGCUCACAAGGUAUUUUGUGAGUAGAUACUCACAAGGCCUAGAUUUGUCCAUGUUGGCCCAGUUCUAAUCCAAGGGUUGAGGGAUCAGCCCAGCCAUGACUCAUUUAAGUGAGCUAUUUGUUGGCUUUUUUGCACAAGUCAGCCCAGCCGACUGAGCUGAACAAGGUGGCUUGGGGCCACAUUUGAUUUGGGCAGGAUUGAGAGAGGGAGCCGCUGAGAUAACUCGUAUCCAGCCGAGACAAAUAAGUAUCCAAAAGUGCACGAACUAAUAUCCGUGUGAGUAGACAAAAGAGAGAGAAAAACAUGGCCCACCAUCUGCUAUUUUUGUUGUUUUUGAUGAAUUUUCACAUGAGAGAGAUGUUGCUUUUGAUGAAUUUGCAUGAACUAAUAUUAUAUGCGAUGGAUAUGAGUUUGUGAAUUAAUUGCGUCUUCCAUCAAAACUAAACACACUAUCAAGUCCUCACACAUAAGGCUUGCAACCUUAGUUAGGGCUGCCCGCCGAAGGCCAAUGAAUCAAUAAUAGUAGGAGUGUGUGUCUUCCAGACCCUGAUAUUAGUCUGUUUGUGAUUUCAUAUAUUGGUUUAUGUGGUUGGAUAUUAGUUAGGUUGACAAGGAUAUUUGUUCGUUUAAGGGUGGAUAUUAUUUCUACUGUGGAUGGAUGUUGGUCUGGAAGCCAUGGAUAUUUGUUCGAUAAAAACAGAUAUUUGUUUUGGGGUGAAUUGGUGUUUGUAUGGGCGGUAUGGGUGUUUGUUUUAUGAACUUAUAUUAUAUGCGAUGGAUAUUAGUUUGUAAUUAUUCACAUGUGAACCUUAUGGUCACUAUUUCCAUGUGAGCCUUGUCCUAACUAUUCAAAUAUCAUCUUUAUUUAUUUAAGCAUCCACCCUAACAUACUGGUUUCCCAAUAUACCCACAUAUUAAUCCGUUUGUGAUUUCGGAUAUUAAUUUAUGUGGUUGGAUAUUAGUGAGGGUGUCAAUGAUAUUUGUUCGCAUAAGGAUGGAUAUUAUAUCUUGGGUGGAUGAAUGUUAGUCCGGGCGCCACUGAUAUUUGUUCGAUAAAGGACAUAUAUUUGUUUUGGGGUGAAUGGGUAUUUGUUCGAUAAAGGAUGGAUAUUAGUUUUGCCUGUUAUGUAACAUAAUAUUAGUUUUGCGUGAUUUUAGUUUUGCGUGAUUAGAUGUUUUGUUUCCUUCAUUUGGAUAUUAGUCUGCAUGGUUGUUCCUAUUAGACCUUCUGAUUAAUAAUAUUCGUGCUUGUCUAAAAGAGUAUCCAUCCUCCUUUUACAUCACAAAGCUAAUGUUUAUUUUUCACCAAAAUAAUUUCAAAACCCCCCAACUAAUUACAACUACAUUGAGUUGACCUACUUAGGAGUUAGAUUUUAGGUUGGUGAUUUAUAACACAAUGUAUGGUGGUUCGAUAUUUUGUCUGUGUAGUCGGAUAUUAGUUUGCGACGAUCAGAUAUCAGUUUGUGUAUUGUGGAUAUUUGACUGUGAUGGCGAGAUACUACAUUUUCAAUGACUGGAUAUUGGUUUGAGAUGGUGAGAUAUUAGUUUCGAUAGUGUGGAUAUUUUUUAGAGUUGGCGAGAUAUUACAUUUUUCAAUGACUGGAUAUUGGUUUGAGACGGUGAGAUAUUAGUUUGGAUGGUGUGGAUAUUUUUUAGGGUUUAGAGUGAGGGUUGUUUUGGUUUAGGGUUUAGAAGAUGAUGUUGUGGAAAUGGAUAUGAACACAAUGUAGGGUGAUUCGAUAUCUGUCUGUGGUGAUAGGAUAUUAUUAUGUGAUGUGAAGAAAUUAGUUUGCGAUGU